CUAUUUUCUUUCGCUGGAAAAAAAUGGACACAUUGAAGAGGCAUCUUCCUGUUUCUUGCCAAGAGGGAUUACAUGAACCCAAGAAAAUGGCCAUAAGGUUUGAGGAAAAGAUUUACACUGCUGCCACAAGCCAGUCAGAUUAUCUACGAAAAAUAUCUCUGAAGAUGCUUACAAUGGAAACCAAGUCUCAGAAUCCUAUAGUCAAUUCUUUGCCAUCCAAUGCUGCUGGCAGUAGCAAUGAGCACCCAGAUUCAGGUGCUCAUAUUUACACAUCAGUUGUAGCGUCUCUGGAUUCCAUGGCUCAGACAGGACAUGCAAAUGGGGGUGAUUGGCAAGAGGAGGUUUGUCAAGAGCUCAAAGCCAUUAAGGAGAAGUUGGAAUCUUAUGAGAAGCAGAUAUUAGACUUUAUAAACACAAAUGGGGCAAGGAACCCUGUUGCUUCACUGCAGCAAGGACAGCUUCCCCCGCCAAAUUUGCACUCUAUGCAUCAGCCAGAAUCUCCAAUUACUAAAAUGCAGUCUCAUGAAAAUCAAAUGAACCCUCAGUUGCAAUCAAUGAACUUACAAGGUUCUGUAUCAUCUCUAGUUUUCACAGCUCAGACAGGAAAUGCAAAUGGGGGUGAUUGGCAAGAGGAGGCUUAUCAAAAGAUCAAAGCCAUGAAGGAGAUGUACUUACCUGAAAUAAAUGAAAUGCACCAGAAAAUUGCUACUAAAUUGCAGCAGUAUGAUUCUCUUCCACAACAACCAAAGUCAGAUCAGCUUGAGAAGUUGAAAAUGUUUAGGACUAUGUUGGAGCGUAUUAUAACAUUCUUACAGGUUCCUAAAAGUAGCAUAUUACCCAAUUUCAAGGAGAAGUUGGGAUCUUAUGAGAGGCAGAUAUUAAAUUUUAUAAACACAAAUAAGCCAAGGAAGCCUGUUUCUUCACUGCAGCAAGGACAGACAGGACAUGCAAAUGGGGGUGAUUGGCAAGAGGAGGUUUAUCAAAAGAUCAAAGCCAUGAAGGAGAUGUACUUACCUGAAAUAAAUGAAAUGCACCAGAAAAUUGCUACUAAAUUGCAGCAGUCUGAUUCUCUUCCGCAACAACCAAAGUCAGAUAUGCUUGAGAAGUUGAAAAUGUUUAGGACUAUGUUGGAGCGUAUUAUAACAUUCUUACAGGUUCCUAAAAGUAGCAUAUUACCCAAUUUCAAGGAGAAGUUGGGAUCUUAUGAGAAGCAGAUAUUAAAUUUUAUAAACACAAAUAAGCCAAGGAAGCCUGUUUCUUCACUGCAGCAAGGACAGCUUCCCCCGCCACAUAUGCACUCUAUGCAGCAGCCACAAUCUCAAAUUACUUACAAGGUUCUGUAGCGUCUCUAUAUUCCACGGCUCAGACAGGACAGGCAAAUGGGGGGUGAUUGGCAAGAGGAGGUUUAUCAAAAGGUAAUAUGAGAUGACUUACACGAAAUUCACCUGUAGGUUUCUGGGUGAAAAGAUUCUUGUGUGGGUUGUUGAAUUUGAGCCUGGGUGUAAUUUGGGCUUAAUUGCAAUGCUUGUGGUUGCUGAACAACAGGACUUAACAAUUAUAAAACUAUAUAGAUAUCAGAUAUGGGAUAUGGGAUAUGAAUAGAGAGCAAAGCUUCCCCAUCUUUAUAGAAUUCGAAGAAUUAUCUUA